AUGCCGCAACCUCACUAUGAUUUGCUUGUGAAACUACUGCUUAUUGGAGAUUCUGGUGUCGGUAAAUCAUGUCUUUUGCUGCGUUUUUGCGAUGAUGCAUGGACACCGUCGUUCAUUACUACUAUUGGAAUCGAUUUUAAAAUCCGAACCAUCGACGUGGAUGGCAAGCGCGUCAAACUCCAGAUUUGGGACACUGCUGGCCAAGAGCGGUUCCGCACGAUCACGACCGCAUACUACCGCGGGGCGAUGGGUAUUCUUCUUGUGUUUGACGUGACCGAUGAGAAGAGUUUUGCGGAUAUCCGAAAUUGGUACAAGGACGUCGAGCAACACGCAAGCGACGGCGUGCGCAAAAUUCUUGUCGGCAACAAGGCCGAUUGGGAGGAGAAGCGGGUCGUUACUUUCGAACAAGGCAAGCAGCUUGCCGAGGAGCUCGGCAUGGAAUACGUCGAGACAUCGGCUAAGUCGAACACGAACGUGGACGAGGCAUUUUUUAAACUCGCACAGCAGGUCAAGGACCAUCUCGUUGACCAAGGCAUCACCUCGAAUGCGCCAGGCGCACAGGCGGGGAACACCUCUCUCUCUGGUAUCUCAGCGCGCUCUGGCACCGGUAAUAAAGGCGGUUGCUGCUAA